CGCGCCUACAGUGGUGGAAUCGAACGUCCCCGGACGCACACAGUGUAGAGGAGAGUACGGCGCGCGCGUCUCUGGAAGGGAGAUAACGGUUUAUUUUUUGCCCCUCUCCGCUCAGACAACAAGAACAAACCAAACGUGAUUUUUAGGGGGGUUAACCGAGUCUUCUACUCACAAGGAGGAGGGAAGCGAGGGUUGGAGCCGCAAGUUUUUUUCCCCCCCUUUUUCGUUUUUUUUCUCCUUUUCACAAAAGAGGAUUCUGUGUUUCGCGGUGGUUUGUUCUUCGCUCUCGCCGCAAAGAUGAUGGUCGGAGAGGUCGAAGUGAAGGAGCGACCGAGGCCGAGUCCCGACUAUUUGAUGCAAUUAUUGAACGAGAAGAAGCUCAUGACCAGUUUGCCAAAUCUGUGCGGCAUCUUCACACACCUGGAGAGGCUUCUCGAUGAAGAAAUCAACAGAGUUCGCAAAGACAUGUACAGUGACACAGUGAAUGGCCUUGUGGACAGGCAUCCAUUGGAGCUGCCUGAGCCAAUCGGACCCAUCGUUCAUCUGCAGGAAAAACUGUUUGUGCCUGUCAAAGAGUAUCCCGACUAUAACUUUGUGGGGAGAAUCCUCGGCCCUCGGGGACUCACAGCCAAACAGUUGGAGGCAGAGACGGGAUGCAAAAUCAUGGUGCGAGGAAAGAGCUCCAUGAGAGACAAGAAAAAGGAGGAGCAGAAUAGAGGCAAGCCGAACUGGGAACACUUAAAUGAAGACCUUCACGUCCUGAUCACAGUGGAAGACACGCAGGCCAGAGCCGAGAUCAAGAUGAAGAGAGCGGUGGAGGAAGUCAAGAAGCUCCUCGUACCUGCGGCGGAGGGAGAAGACAAUUUGAAGAAAAUGCAGCUGAUGGAGCUGGCGAUUCUCAACGGAACAUACAGAGACAACAACAUCAAAACACCCACCCUUGCGUUCUCUCUUGCAGCGGCAGCAGCGGCUGCUCAGGGCCCACGUCUCAUAGCGGCCCCCGCAGGUCAAGUGUUGCCUCCCCAGGCACUCCGGCCCCCAACACCAGCUGGAGCUCCCAUCAUGAACCUCAUCCGGCCUACUCAGAUGGCUGCCAUGCUGCCCAAUGGCACUCCCACCCUGGUGCCUCCCACACCGGAAGCAGGGCUAAUCUACACAACCCCUUACGAGUACCCUUACGCCCUGGCACCCACCUCCCUACUGGAGUACCCCAUCGAGCACAGUGGGGUUCUAGGUAAGAGAGCCUGGGGAAGCAUGGGUGCAGCAGGUACAGCGGCCAACUUUAGCCAGCCUGGACAGGAGGCAAGCUUGUUUUACCCCGGAGCUGGGGUGCUGGACGCAGCUUCCAUGAGCCACAGUCAGGACUUGUUGAAAGGUGCAAUGGCUACUAAAGUGAGACGGCAUGACACGCGGGUCCAUCCUUACCAAAGGAUUGUGACCGCUGACAGAGCCCCCACCGGCAACUAACACAUGACCUUCUGACCUCUGAACUCUUCACCCAAUGACGAGCCGCCCCAAGCCUGCCUGCUGAUCAGUUAACUGGUAAUUGCCUUUUGCUAGCCUCUCGGACACAAGUGAGAGAAAGAGAGAGGCGUCUGCCCGUACAGUUAUCCUAACACGUUCUGACAAAAAAUAGAAACCAACGCAGAGUCUUCACAGAAACACAACAAAACCCCAAAAAAGUUGUGUAAUAUUCAUUUUUUCCCUUUUGUUUAUUGAGUUUAAUUCCCAUUCUUUCUCUUUCUUUUUCUUCAUGAGUCAUAUAAUGGGUGGACGUGUUUGCGGUGUUACUCAGAAAUCUGCACUGAAUUAUAUAGCAAUAAAGACCCCCACCCUGCCCACCCACCCUCCUUUAAUCACUCUGAUUUGGUGACCUCACUCGCAUGAAUCAAAGGUCAGUAUUUACUUCACGCAGCCCCUUUGGUUUCAGAGUAAUCACAUGAUUUCCCCCCAUUCCCUCCUGCAAAACCAAAUUCCCCAGCUCCCCGGCCUGCCCCGAUCCAACACCCACCUACUGGGAGAGAAAAAGAAAUAGAAGGAAAGAGAACGUACACUCGCAUUAACUCGUUUAAUUUCUGUCAUUUUCACAUGUGCCGUUGUUGAGCUCUAAGAUGUAAUUAUGAGCUGACACAUUCUGGGUGUGCCCCUCCAAACAGCUUCCUGUCUGUUUUUAAAAACGCAUGGCUGAAAUGUUUGCAAUAUGAGCUUUUUAUGAUUUGUUUGUUUUAAGUUUCCUCCGAACCUUUUUUAUUUCUCUUUUAGAUUUUGCUUUACAUUUGAGUCAUUUCCUCCAGUUAAUUUUGAUGUCUCUGUUGUUCGUUUUUGACUAAUUAGCUAAUUGACUUGCCAAAACGAGGCAGGUGGUUAUCUCUGGAAAACAACAACCACAAUCUAAUGUUUGAAGUAGGCUGCAGGAACGUAUGCAAUUAUGAAAGGCAUGAUGGGUAGGGCUAAUUUGGGCUGACGGGUCUGUAUGUUUUUAAAUACUACAGUGAAAGUAGGGUGUGCUGAGGCAUCGGGGACAUCGGAGCAGUGCUUAUUAGCUACUGGCUAUCACUGUGCCCCCAUCCACACUGCAUCCAUUAUACAGUGCCUGAUGUCUUUAACAAAAAGAUCUCAACGAUUUAACUGAGCUGUGAUUUGAAAAGACAAAAAAAAAGUAUUAUGUGUGCAUAUUUAGCCAAAGGGUUUUCCAAUGAAUUAUAUAUCUGCAAUUAUGCAUCUGUUUCACAGAGGGCUAUCUUUGUGAUUUUAGAGUUUGGAAGGGUGUGAAUUUGUGGUGCCUGUCUCCAGCCAGGCAGUCAGAUGACUUUCAGCCUAUUAGGGCUUAUGCUUCUUUUCCUGAGGAGGUGGACGCAGGCAAUUAACACUAAAUAAACAUGCUACUCAGCUGCAGUUCAUUGCUAAGGGGAAGGGCACUUUGAAGUUAUGUACAUAUAAAUGCUUCUGUCACAUUAUCUGGCUUCUAUAUUAACCAUAAUCAGCCAAACAAGUGUUUCUUUCCUUUAUGUCAUCUCACCAUUUGGCAGAUUUGUUUGGUUUUGGUGUAUUUGUUUUUUAUUUUUUAACCCUGGUUAAAUGUUUCACAUGUAGGCACCAUCUGAGCCCAUGAAAAUGAGAUGAAUCCCUUUUUUAAACUUUUAUCACUAACAAUGAACACUUUGUUUUGAACACUCGCCAGCCCAUUCAAAAGCGCAUCCACAAUGUGUCACACCUCCUAGUGAUCGUAGGUCAGCUCCUGAGCCCCACAAUCUUUUGUUUAACUCUCUCAAGAAAAAAUAGGAUGUGAAAGCCAUGCCUGCCUGUUCAAAUUGCUUUAUACAUACGUCUUAUAUAUAUAUAUAAAUAUAUAUAAAUAUAUAAAAAUGUAGAUACGUCAUUGCAUAUACAAAUACAGAAGAGAACAAAAAAUAGAUAAUUUUACAGGGUGCUGGAGAAGAGAAAAAAAAUUGAAAGUCUAUUUUUGGCAAUUUUAGCUUUUGAUACUUUACUUGCAGUUACAAAAUCUGAAAAACAUUAAAAAAAAAAGUUUUAACAGUAACGGGAGGAAACCGAAACAUAGUGGGUGGGUGAGGAAUAAGUGCUGUUACCUUGGAUAUAAUUGGAAAAGACAGACGAAGACCAAAACAGUCACAACCCGUGGAGUUAGGACGCGUCGUUUUAAAAGGAUCAAUUUAAAAGUGCCUUAUCAACAGUGGUUCGUGUGUUCUGAGUAUUCCAGUUGUGUUCAGUGAUAUCCAGCACCCACCAAGAUGGCGCAGAGAGGAGAGGGAAGUGUUACACGCUCUGAGUAGUCGAGCAGGGUAGCGCCCGCCAUAUCGUGGCGUUACCCGAGUUAUUCUAUGCAAACAGAAUAGCAGUCGUUUUGACCAGCUAAAAUAUGUGCCAUGGUUUUGUCUUCCUGAAGUUACUUUGGUUUUUUUCUUGACUUGAUUGCCCUUUACUCUGCUGUAUGAGCAGGUUUUGUUAUUUUAAGUUUUUAGUAAUCAUGAGAUAUUGUCUUGAUUUUAAUUUUUUUUUUUUUUUUCGAUGACUGUGACCUAACGUUCUCGAACAAACUGAACUGCCAAUAGCAACGCAGUCGUCCGCCAGAACAUGUUUUGAUCGUGAGCUGAGAAAAAUACAUAACGUCCAGGGGAAUAAAAUAGGAAAAAACGUCCGGGGCGUCGUCCCCGUCGGCGUCCGGUUGCUUGUUUCAACAGCUGGGAACUAAAAGCAUCCAGCGUGCGUUGCUCGCCGUCAAUACAAUCACGCGAUUUAUAAUUGACAAAUGAAACACUCGAUAAUGAAACAAGCAACUCUAUUUCACAGCCAAACAGUUUCCAGUUAUUGAAACAACUGACAGUUUAUUGCUGGAAGGUGAAGUAAACUCAUCAUAUUAAAUUGAGGAAUUUUUAGAUCCGAUAUUACCCUUGGCAGUUUGUUUUGCUAGUCAUAGCUCUUUCAUCAUGCUGUUACGCCGAAAGGUCAAUGAAUUUUUCUUUCAGUGUUAUUAUUUUAAAUUGAAAUGCAAUAUUAAAGCGGAGCAAGUGAUGGCUAUUCAGCAUUUGACAGUAUUAAAUCUCCUUCUGCAAUGUUACAACUUGCUGUGUCAUUGUGAAAGGCUGGAUAAGUCCAUCAGGUGAAAGGUUGACUCUAUACCUACCGUAUUCUCUCUGGCCUGCCUACUACAUGUAUGAUAAUGUAAUUAACAGCCAUUGUUACAGGUUUAUAAUGUAUUUUUCUAAUCUCAUUUUAUAUGUAUAUUAAUCAUGUUUCUGAGUGCUACUUUAUUUUUAUUUUUAAAUCAGACCCACUACUUUUGUUCCUCCCCUCUCUUCCUCCCACUUCCUCUUUUACAUCUUGAAAGCUGUCUCUCGUGGGGAGUGUUGCCUUUUCCCUGUUUAUAUUUUGAUUUGUUUUCUUGCCAAUUCCCAGCUUGUUUAACUCAUUAGCUACUUUAUUAGUUUGUCAUAAGUAUUUUUACAUGCUUGCAUUUAGUUUUCAUGGUGUAUGCUGUUAUUUUUCUUAUUAACCUCUUGGCAUUUAUUUUAAUAAAACAUUCUUAGUAAGAAUUUUACUAACUUGCUGAUAUUUUGUCUUGUGUUUUUAACCAGUUUCAUGAAUGUAUGACCUUGGUCUGGUUCACGGACUAACAUAAUUAAAACUGGUGUCUGGCCUCCACUCACUCGUUCAUAAGGGCACUACAUAAACAAACACUAUUGGACUGUGCACAUACAGUCUGACCACACGCGACCUAACUGGAACCUGCACGAGUUGAUGAGCGUCGCUCACCCCCCCCACCCCCGCCCCCCCACCCCCCGCUCAUGCACUCUCGCCCCCGCGCUGCAGAAAACCUGCUGACUUCUUCGCUCUCGUCCUCCGCCGCCGCCGCUGACGUCUCCUCUUAGCGCUCCCGUCUCUGUCACUGUGCGGCGGCGGCUCGUAGUUGCACGCUGCCUUGGCGAAUGGUUAAUUUAUGGCCCAAGCUUCUCCUGAACAGAGCACGUGCUGAUUAAAAGUCAUUCGUCUGGUCACGCGGUGCUCUCACAUCCACAAACAACUAAUCCCUAAAGCUCAAACACAGUUGUCCUCUGUUUCAGCCAUUAGUUAGUGCAGGACUAGUGCUAAUCUCUAUACAAAUACUGCAUAUUCGUCAUCUCAUAAGAAUUACCUUUACUGUGAAUUAUGAGGCGACCAUCUCAGAUGCAGCAGCUUAUUUAACUGCAGCUGACUUCCUGGUGGUUCUAGUGCCUGGGUAGCAGCAGCUUCUGCCUGCUGGCUGAGCAGCUCUCUCUCUCCAGCCUAUUGAUACUGGGGCUUGAACGCGCCAGAACGCCAAACCAAUAUGAAGAACUGUGGGAUCAAAGCGUCCUGACUAUUGCCAGUAGUGGAAGCUAGUGUUUGUCCUUUGGGAGACGUCCUCACAGCGUCUGUUCUCUCAGUGCUGCUGUUUCAGUCGCGGGUUCUGGCGUCUGUCCGGCUUUCUUCCUCCUCCACUAAUUCAAGGUAUUGACACUGACACACCAGCGAAACAUUAACUGCAUUAAUGCUGAUUAUUACUUUAACCCACUGAGUGAUACCUCCAGCUUUUUCCUCUUUUUUUUUUUUCAAAUCUGCACAACAAACACAACUUUGGCUUUAACCGCUUCUCUCCGUGACUCGACGAGCAACAGACAAGAAUUAAAACUUAACAUUUCUCUCAUCUCUAACAUUGUGUCUUUGAUCUCAAACCGGGUGUUUUGCCAAUAACGCCUUCUUAUACACCAGCGACUAGGGACUGAUUGAAUUAGUGUCGGUGGGGCUUUUCUCUCAUUUUGAGCCCAUUUAUUUAUUACUGUAACGUUGACCUGUAGUGGUUCUGACUGAUUCCUACGUGCCACAAGGUGCUGAAAUCCGUCCAGCCAGCGUUCCACUUAUGCAUGGAGUUAUUUUGCAGAGCACAAUGUGUUUUGAACACUGCCUAAAUUCUUGCAUCUCUGAGCUACAAAGUGCCUUUUUUUCCAACCAUUGGGAAAUUAUACAGUACAUUUUUGUACUUUUAUCUUUCAAGUGCCAAUUUCCUGUCUGAGCCAAAGGCUUUGCUGUUUUUGUUUUUCUUUCUCAACCAAGUGCCCACGUUUCCCCCUCAGUACAAUGUACAUACACUCUGAAAUGGGGAAAGAAUGACCAAAGUGGGGGAUUUGGUCGCAGCUGUUUCCCACCAUUAAACUUUGGCUUAAUGGGUCCUGUUUUCGAUUUGAGCCACUGAGAACCGUCAUUUCCUUCUGAUUGGACCACAGCGUGCGCCAGGCAGCUGUUUGCGGACCGCUGCGACUGGUGGCCAAGUUCUCGGUGCCGCUCCAAAUCCGCGGCAGGGCUUUCGGUGUAUCUAUCUACUAACUACCUUUCACCUGUCCGUCUGUUCUGUUUAACCAACAUUCCUCCAGUGAGUUAAACGGCAGGUUAACUGGUCAGUGUUGAUCUCAGUAACGUAGCACUCAGGUGGUUAAAGGGCAAACGCUACCAAAACACACACAGACUAAUUUAGCCCCACUGGAUUUUUGUGUUUUUUCACUGUAUUUAAUUUGCAUUAGACCUAUAAUACUUCUUUCCUAAAAGUAUCCUAGUAUGAUAUAUACUGUAAGUUCCUCAUCCAUUUAGUGGUGCACUAGAUUUGUUUCUGUUUUUGUGGACUUGUACGUUUUUAUGUGAUGUAGCCUUUAUUUUAUGUUGUUUCCUUGUUUUCUAGAGGGUUAGACUGAGAUUUUUUUAAUAGGGUGUAAAAACAUGUAAUGCCAGUUUUUGUUGCUCACACCAAAACAAAAAAAAAGGAAAACAAAUGUCAUGUGUGCAAUAAAGAACCAUAUUUACAAGCUUC